UGAUGGUUAGACAGGAUAUUGACGUUUUUUCAGAAAAGUGUGUGUUUUACCACCCUUUGUAUUGGGACAACUUGUGGUUUUGCAUUAAAACUGCAUAUAUAAAAUGACUGCAUCGCAGGAGGCAAGGAAAUAUUGCAAGUAAUAUCAAAACUAUCAUUGACUGUUCGACCAAAACAAGCUUGUUUUGACAGGAAUUCAUUCCCGAACUUCACUUGGAUUUACGUUGAUACAUUUAUUAAAUAUUUACUGUCUUCUCGAUUACAUAUUAAGAUGUAGUUUUGUUGUGUGAGGAUUGAUUAGGUUCAUUGUGAUUAUUUUGAACGGAGUCCAUUGUAUCGUCUGCCAUGUCAAGUGAAGUGAUUUUCAUUAAGCUGCUUGCCAGACCCACUGAUCAUGGAUUACACAUAAACCUGCCAACAAGAUGAGCUUCAUACUACACGUUGGACCUGUGCGUGGCAAUGAAGUCAAGUGGUCGCAUGAAUCUGAUAUACAUGUAGCUGAAUCAUCUUCAAGGAGUGAAUCCUGCCAAACAUCACAGAGUUAUGCCAGCUGUUUCGGCUUGCCAUAUCAGGAUCAUAAUUAUGGUGCUCCUCCGCCUCCAUCACCACCUCGGUCCCCCGUUCCGAAGGUCAAUGGACAUGUGGAGGUGGAGUUUGUUCCGGCAAUGGAUGAACUGCUUUCCGCCAAGGAAGAAAUUGUUGAUGACAGCAUUACACGAUGUAUCUGUGGGUACCUGCAUGAUGAUGGGUACAUGAUAUGCUGUGACAAGUGCAGUGUGUGGCAGCAUAUUGACUGCAUGGGCAUCGACCGUAAUAAUAUACCAGAUAAUUAUUAUUGUGAGCUCUGUGAAUCUAAACCAGUUGAUGUGGAGAGAGCGAAGUUCAUCCAGAGAAAGAAACGAGAAGAAAUAGACACUAGUGCUACUGACACUGAUCCAGAUGAGGCUGCUAAUCACCUGGCAUCUUUGAACAGGAAAUCCAUAUCCCCAACCAAAGGUAAAACUCCAAAACAGAGACGAAUUUCAAAAACUAAGGAAAAAGUCUCUCCAAGGAAAUCUGGAGUAAAGAAUGGCCGGAAACUGCCGAAAAAAGAAAAGGAAAACUUAAAAGAUGUCAAUAAAUUGACAAAGGUGACACAGGGCAGCAUUCAGACAGCAGUGAAAUUAGUUAGGAAAAAGAGGAAUAUGCCACUGUCUGUGUCUCCAAUGGUUAGUCGAAAAGAUCCGUGGAACUGUUCAUUCAGUCCAUGGGUGGAUAGAUAUGAAGAAGCAAAGGAAAAUCGUUAUAGUGCUGAUUUAAAAGAAAUUUUAUCUGCUACAAAGAUAAAUGGAAUCCAUAAUGACAUCCAGAUGGAUGUGGCACGGCUGCGGGUUCAGCUAUGUUACAUCGCUGAUGUCCAGAAGAAUAGAAAAGGUCUGCUGGCUGCAGACCAGAUCUCCCCAGGUCAAAUUGUGAUAGAAUUUAAAGGCAAAGUUCUGCUACGACAACAGUACUUUGAAGAAAAUCUAUUUUUUAAAAGGUUGCAUCCGUUUGUUCUGUUUUACUCAAAAUAUGAAAAUUAUGAUCUUGUUGUUGAUGCCAGCUCGUUUGGCAGUGAUGCACGUUUUGUCCGAAGAUCUUGUUCUCCCAAUGCUGAGGUGCAUCAUAUGGUGGAAAGAGGAAACAUCAGUUUUUUCUUUCAUGCCAAAACUAACAUCCUCCAGGGUACAGAAAUCACCAUCCCUUUUGACUACAAUUAUCAAGAGUGCUCCUUCUGUGUUGAAUGUGCUUGUUUGCGAAACAACUGUCCUGUCUCAAAAUUUUGGAAAAAAGUGAAAAAUGCUGAGAACAUAACAUCCAAAUCGCCAGUGAAGGAAAAGAAAACAAGAAAACCUAGUGUGUCAAAUACUCCAGGAAAAAAAAGUACUGUUGCUAAUGAAUUGACAGACAAACCUAGUACUCCUAGUACUCCCGAAAUACAGACUGUGAACAGUGUUGAAGUGGUUAGUAGGACAAGGAAGAGUAGUAGUACCGAGGAGAAAGUGCGAAAAAACAGCACGGAUGAUCGUUCGAGGAAAUCCAGUGGUUCUAGUGUUCCGACAAAAGUCGAUGAUUCGUUGUGUCCAAAUAAUAUUCUGCCAUCACCAGUUAAACAGUCACCAGACAUCAAGUCUCAUGUGUACACAAGAGCGUCUUUUAAUAUUAUAAAUGUUCAGAAAAAGAUUGUACCAAAGGAAGAACCUGUUGAAGUAAUUUCCCCUAAAGAGCCGUUGGUGAUUCCAAAAUUCGAACCGUUGCCAUCUGGUGCUAACACAGAAAGCCAAGCUAACUCCCAAACUGAAGAUGAUGCUGAAUCAGCGGAAAAGGCCCACAAGAAGACCCGUGAGGAAAGAAAGAUGGAAGCUAUCCUGAAAGCCUUUGAAAAACUGGAGAAGCGAGAAGAGCGUCGUAAAGAGGCUUUGGCCAGGAUUGGUGUUCAGAGGAAAAGUCAGGAUGGCAAGAAUCCAGACUCAAAGAGCGACGACAGUAAAAGUGAGGCUCCCAAGAGUGACGAUAAAGACCCUGAGACACCUGAGGUGAAAGAAAAUGUCGAAGACAAACCACGAAAGACUGAAAAUCCAGCACCUGACCAACCACCUGUAACCAGUUCAGUGGAUAUUAAAGUGGAGCUCAAACCAGAAGUUCCUCCAAUAAAGGUUUAUAGAGGAAAGAAAAGUCGAAAACAUGGGAAACGGAGGUCAAGAAUCAACAGCACCAGUGUUCUGGAGAUCUCAUCGGCUGGCUCUGUCGACGAGAGCAGCAACUCGAACGCAUCGACUCCGUGCACUCCUCUACCCACGUCCGCUCCUCUCCCCAUGUCCGCCGAGGUUAUUGAAGCAAGUGGAGGCUUCAAGUUCUUAAAGACCAAGAAACAUUUAUUUAAUGAAUGGAAGAGUGAAAAGAUAUCCGAUCUGAAGCCAGCACCAAAUUGCAAAUCUGAACCUCUGGAGGUGAAAGUUGACGAGACGGUGUUUGUCACAUGUCUGCCAAGUCCCCGGAACGCCAUGGAGCACCUGCCCCGGAGAAACAGUCAGAGUGCUGGGUGUUCCAAUCCAUCCAUAGCACACCAGCCUGCACAGAAAGCAACUAUUGAACAUGGUAGCGGGUCUGCCAAAAAGCGAUGGUUGCGUCAGGCUAUGUUUGAAACUGGUCCCACGGUUAGUGAGAGUGACAAUGCUUCACCCAUGUCUGGGGGUGCCAGUCCAAAUCCUCAUCUGUACAGCCCAGGCUCAUCCCCACCUAGUGAUAUCAUUACACCUUUGAAGAAGCGUCGUCUUGCUCGCGAGUCACUAUCGUUAGACCAGCCAGCUACCUCCACUCCGUCCAUAAUGUCAUCGGUCCAGUCAGGUGACUCGACUUCAGCCGAUAGCGUCCCAUUGGUAGCUGACCUUCAAGACCUACAGAACAAGAAUGGUUUCAUGCCUCUCACCCCUAUUAUACCAGCAGAUUUCUCUGAACAUAAUAUCUACUUGUCCAAAAAGUUCCGCCACUCUAGUGGUCAUCGAGACUCGACAGACAUUGAAAGCGAUGCGUCCGAGUCUCUUAUUCAAUCAUCUACUGAGCAUAGUGUUAGCAUGGACAGCGAAUGUGACAUGAAAGAAUCUCCCAUCAAGAAGUCUAGUGCUAUGGAUGUUCUGGACAAACAGGAGGCCGAUAACAACAGCAUAAUGAAAACUGAGCCCGAUCAUUCUGAGGACAAGUGCUCUCGAGCUGGCAAUGUGACCACCAAGGACAAGACUGACGGCACGGGCAGUGAUUGUGAGUCUUGUUUACAAAAAAAUGGCGAAUCUGAUGCUGUAAUGACCGAGUGUCGAAGUGACAGUGUGGACAUGGAAAGCAAGCCACUGGUGUCAGACUCCACAGAGUGCAUUGCUGAUGAUGAGCUGCUGUGUGAUUCCCAGAACACUGCCUGCGACGUGGAGCAGAGUAAAAGUGACCCUGCUGCCGAUAACGAGACGUGUGUGUCUUCGGGAACUGUAGACUCUUCACUUACACUGAAGGGUGCCGGGAACAGUGGAUCAAAUGAGGUGUCUGAAAGUUGUGUGCCGUCGGAGGUCAUCAAGUCGAAUGACGAUGAAGUUUCGUGUGGCAGCAUAACUAAAGACACUUCUGUACAAGAUAAUGUUUGUUCAUCCAAUAAUAUAGAACUGUGUUCCGCCACUGUGGAAAAUGCCAAUGUUUGUGAUUCUGUGUCGCAUAUUGAAGACGAAAGGACUAACGUCCAGUGUGAUGAUAGCCUGUUCUGUGUGUCGAGCACCGGGGAAGGUGAGGGUGAUGAAACAAGUGAUGCCACUUCAUGUGUCCAUAGUGCUGACAGUAUUAACGUGCCUGAUUCGCAGUCAGAAAACUUUGUAAAACUAGCUUGUGAUGAAACCAGUGCAGAUUCAGGGUUUGAGAACUUGAGUGGGGUCUCUUCCACGUGUGCCGUGGAAUCGGUUCAGGACAUUUCGCAGUCUUCUGCAGCCUCGCUCCCUAAUUUUUCUCAGUCUGUGGUGUCUACAGAGACUGAAGCGCAGUCGUCGGUGCAGUCCACGGGUCCUAUCACAGCAGAGGACACAAGUCUAGCACCAACAAAGAAGAAAGUUAGCUUGCUGGAAUACAGAAAGAGAAUUAAGGAGAAGAAACAAGAUAACAGUAACUCUUCAACGCCCGUUAAAUCUUUCUCUUCAUCUCUCGGUACCCACAUGAAUAACUCCAGAAUUGCUAGUCUGCAACCGCUGCCACUGUUCUCGUCUCUUCCUAGUGCUGCUGAGAAAGUUUCAAGAAAGGUUAAGAGACUGAGAAAGGAAGGACCUCGAAAGCCCAUGAGUUUAACGGAAAGACUGCGACAAGAAUUUGGCCUGGAGGAAAGUGAAGAAGAAGAUAAGGAAUUGAAAAAUGAGGAAAAUGACACAUCUUCACAAACACCCCCGCCUCCCCCACCACCACCAAAUGGUGCCCCGACCCCUCUGUGUCGGCGGGUCGAUGAUGAGGAACCGUCCUCGGACAAGAACACAACUGUCAUAGUUGCACCAGCUCAUUCCGCAGUCAGGCCAACUACAGUCCCUUUAGGGAGCUGUAUUCCUCCUGCUGGAAGAAUGUUGCCCAGGGUUCCUAUUCGCUUUCCUAUCGGCGGACAGAUGGUUCCUGGUGGCUCUAGACCGCCACCGCCCCCACCUCGUGGUGGCUUGCGACCAAUGGUUUGUCCUCUUGGGACGCCACGAACUUUGGCACCAAGUGUUCUGCCAUCAAGACCCAUUAUGUCCCAUUCUGUGUCUAAUCGACCUACUGGACCACGGCCGUUGGUUCCUCAAGGGCCAGCCCGACGGAUGCCACUGACCGGUCAUAGACCACUUGUUGCUGGUCAAGUACGGAAUGGAUCCUCACCGGCUCCAGUAAACAGGCCUCUUCUUUCACAACCUCAAACAGCUCCACGUUAUCCUGGGUCUUCCGAACAACAGCAGCAGCAGCUAGGUGUUGUCAGUGCCAUCCAGUCUGGUGCAUCGCAGAACACACAGUACAUUGCUCAAGUUACUACUCCGCACUCGAUGCCCCAAGUUCAGCAGUUUGAGUACAACCACGGAGUCCAGUCGUCUACCGUUCAGUGGAACCACACCCCACCACAGCAGCAUCCUUCAUCUGUACAGUCGUCUAUAGUGUCCGGCUCAGACGUCUACAGCCGGAAGCCCAAUAAAGUAUAUCCAAGUUCAAGCAACUACUACUGAUAGCAAUUGUAAAUUUUUUUUAAUGCAUUUUGAAUAAUUUCAUAGAUUCAUGUGAGUUUUUUUUAAAACAUAUAAAUAGAUUUUUUUUUUUUUUUUUUUUAUACAGCAGUCACUUUAGGUGAUGUUUAAUGAUGGCAUACAUUUUCUGUCUCUUUCACUCAAUCAUAAUAGAGUUUACUUUUAACAAGUAUGGUUAAAAUUUUGAACUGAAAAUUUGAGGGGAACAUUUUGUGUGUGCGCAUUUAUUUUUCUGCUCACAAUUUGAAACCAGUAAUUUAAGUUCUGUUAAGUAUUUUAUACUGUUUGUAAAUUAAUUGAACUACCUUUACAGUUUUUAAACUAGUUAAACAAAACAUUAAAUGCUAUUUGACAUGACUGCACUUAAAUAUUCCUGAAAAUCGACCAUAUUCAUGAACAGAGGAAUUCUGCAUAUGUACCAUUAACAGAUUGUUGGAAUUGAUGCAGCUGUGAUAUUUGUAGUAAAUGAAAUAUAUAAUUUGCUAUACAGACACUGAAGUUACCAAUUCCACAUGCUAAUAAUAGAAUAUUUUGACUUUGUUGAGACCUGCUAGAAAUAUUGACAUAGAGGGACUGCAUUUUGUGAUGACGAGGAACUAAGUUCAUUUCUUUUGUUAGGCAGCGUUCACAAUUGUGCAAACAUUGGCAUACGGUGGUGCUACAUAUAUUACUGGAGACUAGUGCUGAUGAUCACGUCAGUGUACAUAGACCACACACAACAGUCAUUCACCAUACAUUCAAACAUGUACAUUGUAACAUAGGCAUUGUAAAUAACCUCCACUUCAUUAUCGGUUGUCCAUUUUCACUCCCAUCAUUCUGUUGAUAUAUUAUUAUUCAUUUAGUCAAGUACAAUGUUUUUGUUGUAAACUAUUCUUUCUUUUUUUUCUUUUUUUUUCUUUUUUUUCUCAAAAAUAUUGUGCAUAACACAUAGGUGAUGUAUAGUUAAAAAGUUUAACAGAUUAAUAUUCACCAGAUGUACAGUUGACAUGUUAGUAUUUGUGACAGUAGCAGUUUGUGUUGUAGAUUUAUACACUAGUUUAAUCAGCAGAUCUGUAGUACCCUUGUCUAAUCUUUAGUGAAUACAGACACUGCCAAGUUUUAUCUAUCGUACUCAGUGUUGGCUUUUGCUGAUUUAAAGUCAUUUUGCCCUAACUGGAUGUUUUGUGCCUUUAGUAACGAAACUGCUUUUUAUGAUACUUGCAGAACAAGUAAAAUGUCAGUUAUUCAAGAUAUUGGUUGCAGGGAGGUCGGUGGCCAAAACUAGCAUUGGGAAUUGGUUGUAAUUUAAUCAUACAUCAUCGGUUAUAAUCUGGUUGCACUAACUAGUCAGUUUUUGAUUGUACAAUUGUUAUAAUUAAAUUAACUCAAGUAGCAUUUGAAUUAUUAGACUAAUGCACUGAUUGUCAUGCUAACACAAAGAGACCCUACAAAUCACUAAUUUUUAUCCUUCAAUACCUAUUCAGUGUGUGUUUUAUUUGCUCUCGCAUUAGUGUGAGUUAAAACUACAAUAUAGACUUUGAUUUUGUCCCAGAAUAACAGCUGAUUAGAUUAAUUUUACCAUAAUAUUGAAUGUCAAAAUGCUGGUCUGCUAGAUAAUUAUGGUGUAUCCAAUUCAUUCCAAUAAGUCAACAACUUCAAGAUUUUAAAAUAUACAGGCAGUGUCUGCAAUACAUGUUGAGCUUCUUUUAAAAAAAAAGAAGCCCCGGCCCAAAAUCGCAGAAGCUGAGUCUGGCACUGUCAAAAUAUAUAGAGCAUUUUCUAUGUCGUCUGCUGCCAGUUCUAUAGUAUGUGCCAGCACAAACACAGUGAAUAUUGUCAUUUGAUUUUUUGUGUGGGGUUUGUUUUUCAGCUCAUACUACUCAUAUCCUAAACUCGAUGGUCACCCAACGGGCUACCUUUGUAAAAUUCUUUUUUUAAGUUUUAAUGGUCAGUAAUUUUAAAUAAACAACUAACCAUUUACAUUUUUAAAUAUAUAUAUGUAUAUAUAUAUAUGUAAAUAAUGGCUUCCUCCUUUUGUUUCAUUUUAUGGUUACUGCAGUGACCAAUAUUUCUCGUAUGGUUAGAAUGUUCUAUUUGAAUUCGUGUCUAUGGAGAGGGACUGAAACAAAUUGUCUCCCUUAGAUCUCACAUUUUCAUUUUUUUUUUUUUUUAAAGUACUUAACCUGUUCUGUAUCAUUUCUUUUAGAGCCACAAACACAAUUGAAUUGCUAAAUUAUUAAUUAAUUCAUCAGUUUGCUUUCCAUUGAAUGGAUUUCAGUAUGAAAUUUUUGUAUGAAGUUGACACAAAAAGCUAAUUUUGAUAAAAACUAAUUUAAAUUUAAAAGUAUAUUAUUUAAGUAUAAAAAUGUAUGUGCUACAUUAUUAACUUAUUAAUUGUAUGACUUUUUCAUGUUAAUGAAUCUUGUUAUUUCCAAUAAGACAUAGUUUAUGGUCUGAAUAUGAAGUUUAUGGUUUGCAUGUUACAAUUUUUAUUGUAUCUGCCAGUUUGAGAGUUCAGUAUAAAUAAAUAAAAGUUGAAUUAGGUGUUUUCUUUAUUCAGUUUUAAGAAAGCACCUUGUUACAUAGAUAAACUUUUAGGUAACAAAACCUGUAGUUACCGUAAUAUACAACUCUUAACUAUUGUUUCUGUUUUGUUGAAUUUAAAUGUUUUUGGUGCAGUUUCCAUCUGUUAUAUACCAUAUACUGACAAAAAUGUGCAUGUUCUACUAUUGACAGUUUCAGUUACAGUAUAAAAUGAAGUAAGUCAUCAAAUUGUCUUAUUUUGACUCGGAUAAUAAUUUUGAUUAGUAUGAAGCAUUUUAUUAAAGAAUUUUGGGUAUGGUUUUGGUGUUGGAUUUUUUGUGGGGGUGGUAAGGGGAGGGAUUUGAAGAACAAACCCACAAGGGUGAGGGACAAUUAUUGCUAAAUUUUAUACCUGUAAACAUUCUUUAGCCUUUUGAAUCAAACAGAUAUUUGUCUGUGGAGAUGUUUGAAUAGAAAUGGGGUAUGAAUAAAAGGUUUGGGUUUUUCCUCCCUACAAGUAUUUCUCUCAUCAUGUUGUUUUAAAAGCUGUUUAUUUCCAUGUUUUAGCAGUUUGAACUUUAGAUUCAUGGAGCUUAGACAAGAGUAUUUACAUGAGGUUUGUUUUAUUUCGAAGCAACUGAUGUUUUCAUUGGUUGCUCUGCCCUUUCAGGCUGCUACUUAAAACAUUUUUCUUUAGAUGUGUCCUUGUUUGGAGAUCUCAUUUCGCAGAAGGCGAUUGCAUAAUGUUGUUGUUCUGUUAAUAAAACUAAAAAUCGUGUUGCCUUCUUGAUCUGCCAUCUUCAAGCAAAUAUUAACUUCCACAUGUUUCAUUGUGAACACGUUAAACAGAAACGGUAGUUGAAGCUUAUGUGGAGCAGCUGUGUACAGGCUUUGUUCCAUGUUUAACAUGUACAAAUGGCCAUACUGCGCAGUGUUACGCCACAAAACUUGUAAAAUAAAAAAGAAAAAACUUAAA